GCUUGACCGUGUAUUUUUGAAGCGCGGCUGGCUUGACCGCAGUGUUUAUAGAACGCUUCCGCAGUGGAAUAACGAUCAUGCUGUUGCCCUGUUGCCCGUGAAAUUCUGUACGGUAAACAGCAGUAAUUUUUUAUGGAAACUAUGGAAAAUGUUCUAACGUGAUUUUUCGAAUUUCCUGAGAAUUCUCGUUGAGUUCAAACAGCGCCAUAUAAAGAUGGAGGUGCCUGAGGAUUUUAAUUUUAGUGACCGUGCGGAGGAUGUUCCUGAACCCAAGAGGCGAAGAAAAUAUCCAGAACUCCAUAAGCCUACUGAUGGGCAGGAAGAACACCUAGCAUUGUUUUCACCUACACUCCAAUUUACAAUUGCUCAUCGCUUAAAAAAAAUCUUGCCAACAUUGGAAGAGACUCCACACAGCCUGUCUGGGAUGACAGAGCUCAUCACACAAAGAUCAGAUGACUCCUCUAAAGUAAAAUAUAAGAGGAAGAGACAGAGAGAAUUCUAUGAGAAACAAGACUUUGGAGCUCAGGAUAUUGUCCAGCAGUAUAAGCUAUCAGUCAAAAGGAAGUAUGAGAGUGUGUUGAGCUUCCUGUGUGGUGAACAAGAGUCAUUUUCUGCCCUGUAUACUGAACCAGUGUUCAUGCAAAAAAAUGCAAAUGGAACUUUUAAGAAAACCUGUGUGUCUGAGUUGCUUCAGUUCGAUGAUCUGGCAACUGUCAUUCUUCGAGGCGACUCUGGCAGUGGUAAAUCCAUCAUAGCUCAGAAGACUAUGUUGGACUGGGCAUCUGAUGCAGUUUCUGUCAGACAAUUUGAUUUAGUUUUCUAUCUGAGGUGUGAAGAACUGAUGUGUAUUUCUGAAGAGAUGAACUUAUUUGAGCUCUUGAGCUGCAAUUGCAGUUUAACAUCAGAUGAGAUUUCACAGAUACUACAGCAGUCACCAGAGACACUUUUCAUCAUUGAUGGAUUUGAUGAACUGAGACUCACACAGGACAUUUAUGACAUGUCAGCACACAUUCAUCCGUUACAAAAAGCUCCACCUGAUGUCAUUCUUUGUGGCCUUUUGAGAGGUAUCCUGCCAGAGUCGUUACUGCUGGUCACCACCAAAACUAAUGACACAGUAAGCAAGCUGGUGAAAGGACAAAAGCGUUUCAUUGAGAUCAUGGGCUUUUAUGUGAUGGAGGUGGUGAAGUACUUCAUUAAACCAUAUUAUUCUGUGACGGCAAAUGAAUCCCUUUUCGCUGCCUGUUCCAUUCCCGUUAUCUGCCGGAUCAUCAGUGAGAGGGUCAAAUUAGGUGCAGUAACAAGUGGACUGGAAACCACCACCUCCAUCUAUGUUGACUUUGUGUCCACUCUACUGGAGCAUCACUGCCAGGAUUUGAAUCAGUCUGUCCUGAGCCUGCUGAAGAGUCUGGGUCAACUGGCAGAAAGAGGGAUGCUGGAACAACAAGUCAUGUUUAAUGAGAAAAGCUUGUAUAAAUUGGAUUUAGACCCUGCUGGCAGUCCAUUCCUGUGCAGGUUCCUCUUUAAGAGAAUAAUCCGCCAGGAGACGAUGUUCAGUUUCAUGCAUCUCAGCUUUCAGGAGUUCUUCACUGCUCUGUACUAUGUUCUUCUGGAUGAAAAAGAGUCUCAGAGGGAAAUGAGGGAGCUGCUUCGCACUGUACAGAGAGGAUGGGCUUUGUCAUCUUGGUCUCAUAAAGACUUUUCAGUGGCCGAUGUAGAAAUAACACGUGCAAAGCUGCUGCAGCCUGUGAUUCUGUUUCUCUGUGGUUUCUGUAAGAAGGAAUGGAUCCCAUCAUUCUUUCAAAAGCACAAUAUGGCUGUCUCUAUCAGCAUAGAAACCCAGCUUAAGGAGUGGAUCAAUCAGUGUGCAUGGAGAUAUCAAAAUGAGCAUAUGCUGUUCAUUCUCCAUUGUCUUUAUGAGCUCCAUGAGAAGAGCUUCAUUGCAAAAGUUUUGGAAGGCUUGGUUGUGAUAGAUCUGUCUAAUACACCACUAAAAAUGACAGACUGUUGGGUGUUGAAGUACUGUCUACAGUGCUGUGAACAAAUGGAAAAUCUGAAACUCCAUGUAACACCUGAUAACCUGAAGAUUCUCCAGCCUGACCUGUGCCGCUGUAAAGAGCUGUGGUUAACGAUGGAUCGCAUUUCAGAAGAUGUCGUUUGUUUGAUAACAGCUGCUGGUGAAGGAAAGUUUCUGCAUAAACUGAUAAUAAAGAUGGUUGAAAACAGCGGAAGUCCAUUCUGCCCAGAGACUGUGUCAGUCAGAGAUAAUGACAUCAAGUUGUCUAUUUGCUCAUCAGUGAUCACAGAAACAACAGAAUUAACUUUAACAUGUCCACACGCAUUAAUUAAGACCAUCACGUGGGUAAAAUCGCAGAACGAACGGGCAGUGAACAAUUACAGACAUUUUGGUCUUGAGGAAGAGGAAGUUCGUCUGCUGAGGUUCCUGGAAUCUGUGUCUGGUUUAAAGAAAGUCUGUCUGCAGCUUUCAAAUCUGACUAACACACUGGCAGAUCAAGUUCUGUCCCUCAUUCAGGCCUGUCCCAGUCUGAUUGAAUUCAGAAGCUCUAGCAAAAAAAAGCCUUGUGAAAAUCCAGUACCUGAUGGAACCAUUGAAAAAGAUGGGUUUGACUCUGACUGUUCAUCAUCCAUGUUGCAUGUUAUUCUAAUUAGCUGGAGGACAUCCCUGUUUAUUCAGUCAGAUGUGAAGGGAUUCAAAAAGGAGGAGUUUAAGACAAAGAGAGAAAAGACUGAGAGUAAAAUAGGAGAGAGAUUAGAUUCUGUGCCUUGCUCAUCAAUAAAAGUUGAAUCACCACCACAACAAUCAGCUUCAGAAGAUGCUAAAGUGUUCACACCUGAACGUAUUCAGAGGGGUGAUGAGGACAAACACAAGAAUACAUACAGGUUUCUGUGUCCACAUGCUGGUCAGUUUCGUUGCAGUCUGACCAACCUUGUGUUUGUGAUGGAGAAUAAAGGAAAGGUGCUGUAUAACAUUGUCUCGUGGGAUUCUUGUGUGUUAGAUGGUUUGGGUCAGAUGCGGCCUGCAGGACCCUUGUACAACAUUGACUGUGCCGGGGGUUCAGUCUCACAACUGCACCUUCCACAUUGUGAAAUACUCUCUGAGAAAAAUAAGGAUGGUUUGGCUGUAGCACAUUUCACUGGCGGCAAUAUAGAAAUGAUACAGCCAUUCAAUGUGACUAAAACACAUGUGAUCAUAGACAUCAAAGACCUCUCCAUAUAUGGACUUAUAAAAAAGAUAUUUCCUGGUUUCCCCAUUGUUGCUCAAGUGUUGCUGUUCCUUCGACCCGUAACUGUCGAGCAGAAACAGAAAAUACUUAAUGUCCAUUUGCUUCCAGGGAAUGUUCCAUUAUCAGAGGUCCAGCACUGGCACCAGGAUAAAACAUACAUCGAGACAAGUUCACAAUGUCAUCUGUUCCCUGGCAGAAAAUACAGUCUGUGUUGUCAGCCAGAAGAUUGUGAAGUGCAACCAAUGAGCGAGGUGUUUGAGUGUAAUAAAUUUAGCCAAAACUAUCAUCCCAUGUUUGAAGUGUUUCUGAAUGUCAACAUCGAGGAGAUCAGAUUGGGUGUUUUGGACAAAACUAAAGAUGGGAAGGAAGUGUGGAACAGACGGCGAAUCCUUCUUACGGCACCAAGUCAAGGUGUGGAACCUCAUGUUCAAAGAAGGCUCACAGAAUCUGAAUUUGUGAAUAAACACAGAGAGGAACUCAUUCAGAGAGUUUUAUCAGUGAUGGCGAUUGCUGACUGUCUGAAGAGAAAAAACAUGAUUAGUAGUGAAAUGUACAGUAAAGUUCAUGCUGCAGAACCACGGCAGGAGAAAAUGAGACUCUUGUUGGAUGCUCUUGACUCUGGAGGAGCUGCUGUAAAAGCAGAAUUUUACAGACUGCUGAAGGAGAACGAACCUCAUCUAGUAGAUGACCUGGAGUCUGGACUCAGUAGACCACACUAAGAGACUGUUUGUAUUCACAAACGUGGAAAAAAAAAACUGUUUUACAAAGCCUACCCAAGUGUCUAAAUUGUUAGGUGUAGGACAUUGAUCAGCACAAGCCAAGCUCAGAGCUUGGGGGGAGAGAAUCGGAUACAAGAGAUGUCAUAUUAUUAAUCUUUGAGUUUCUGGAGGAGCUGGACACAUUCAUAUCAAAUUGUCUUGAUGAACAAGGCCUCAUGCCAUGUUCUGUGAAUAGUCUUUCAGAGCAAGGAAUCUCUCUGUGUAGCCUAUGUAUGUAGGUCUGUGUACUGCAUAACAAGAACAGUUUGUCUGAUCAUUCAACUGUUUAUUCAGCUGCUCAGACUUAUAAUAUUUAGAACAUAUAUAUAUUUUUAAACACAACCAGUCAAACGUUUUUGAAGGGUAAGAUUUUUAUGUUUUUUUUGUUGUUGUUGUUGUUGUUUUUUAAAGAAGUCUCUUCUGCCCACAAAGCCUAGAUUUAUUUGAUCCAAAGUAUAACAAAAACAGUAACAUUUUAAAAUAUUUUUACUAUUUAAAAUAACUCUUUUUCUAUUUGAAACAGUUUUCUGUAUUUCUAUUAAAAUAUAAUUAAUUCCAUUGAUUUCAAAUGUGACUUUUAGCAUUACUCCAGUCACAUGAUCCUUCAAAAAUUAUUCUAUAUUUUGAUUUGCUGCUCAUUAUUAUUAUUGUUAUUAUUAUUUAUUAUUUGGAUCUUUCUAUUUAUCAAAGAAUCCAGAAAAAAUGUACUCAACUGCUUUAAAUAUUGAUGAUAAUCAGAAAUGUUUCUUGAGCAAAUCAGCAUAUUAGAAUAAUUUCUGAAGGAUCAAGUGACACAGAAGACUGUAAUGAUGUAAUGUUGCUGAAAAUUUAGCUUUGAACAGAAAUGUAUUAUGCUUUAAAAUAUAUUCAAAUAGAAAGCUUAAAUUUUGUGUUAUUUUGGAUCAAAUAAAUGCAGGCUUAGUGAGCAAAAUACCCUUCUUUAAAAAAACAAACAAACAAAAAAAACAAUAAAAAUCUUAUUUUGGCUGGUAGUGUAUAUUUUUAUAACAUUUUAAACUGAAUUAUUUUUGUAAAAUAAUACAUAAAUAAUGGCUGAAGAAGUAAUGUAUGUCUUUUUAUUCAUCUUUAAGUAUCUGGACACAUUUCAUAUCAAGUUGUGAUGAACAAGGCCUGAAGGUCAAUGUCAUGUUACUUAUUUAAACUAUCAAAGCAGUCAACCUCUAUUUAGCCUAUGUAUGUGUAGCCUACUGCAUAUGGAGAACUGUUGAUUCUGUCAUUAAAAUGU